GACAGAAGUAGAUGUGGAUUUUUCAUAGACGACUUUACUAAAGUUCACAACACUCUCAGAUAAUCAAUUAAACACUUUUUUUAAUGCUCAGAGCUGUUAGAAGACAAUGUUUAAAGAAAAAUAUUUUGUUUUUUUCUGGCUGUGCUUUUGCCAUCUGGUUGGAGUGUUUGCUGAUGAACUGAAGUCAGUGUCAGUGAUGGAGGGAGAUUCAGUCACUCUACAGAUUAAUGUUACUGAACUACAGACAGAUGAUGAGAUAGCGUGGACAUUCGGAACUAACAGGAGUCUAAUAGCUGAAAUCAAGGGAAUGCCCAGUAAGAUCUCUAUAUAUAAUGGUCCUGAUGGGAUAUUCAGAAACAGACUGAAGCUGGACAAGAAGACUGGAUCUCUGACCAUCACAGACAUCAGAACUGAACAUGCUGGAGAUUAUGAAGCUGAUAUCAGUCUCAGGAGCUCAUCGCCUAAAUACAUAUUCAAUGUUACUGUCUAUGCUGCUACAACAACAAAACCGCCCUCUACUUCACGUUCUCCUUUACGUUCUCCUGAAGUUACUUCACAUACUUCAGCUUCUUCAGGCUCAAUCCUGGCCGUACAGAUUUCUUCUGCUGCUGCUGGAUUUCUGUUGAUUGUGGCUUCGGUUGGGAUCUUCUACACCUGCAGGAAACAAAGAAAAACAGACCAACAAGGCAAGUGUUACCUACUGCUGAAACAUCUUUAAAAACAUAUU